AUGAUGCCGAAUUUCUCUGCGGAUGUUGCGGCCGGAGCCCACACACUCGAGUCGGACAAACCUUACACCCCGCCGCCCGAAGCUGCUUCCAGCGCGCAACCCGAACCUUCCUUGGUGCCAGAACCUGUGGUUGAUAUACCUCGGACCCGUGAGAGCUCAGUGGCAGAUGAAUGGUUCCCAAAUUACGAGGCUGGCAGCCCGCGGAAGCAAACAGCGGAGCCACAGGCCGAUAUGCCAGUGCGACUUGGAGAGCCAGAGCUUGAGAAUGGUCUCGAAUCUGAAGACGCGCUGUCCCGAGAACCGGAGCCUGUUGCGCAUCACGACCAAGAGACGCCAGCCGAUGUGGUUGAGACAACAGAAACCGACGAGGUCGCCCAAGCUCAGGCCGAAACGGUUCAAGAGCCGCAAAACCUGCCUUCGUCGGCACCCAAGCAUGUGAGCAACGAUUCGUUCGCGCGCACCGUCUCGCAAGAACCGACUUGGAUCGACGACGAUGAACCCGAGUGGAGUUUGCCCAGAGCAGAGACCGAUCUUUUCAACAGGUACAUGCCGCCGAACGAGAGGACCAACUCGUUUCCCGUGGUACCACAGACUGAACACCACGUGGACGAAGUAGUCGAACCGCUUCCUGCAAACCAAGCCGAAGAUGUACUUCAUGAAAUAGAGCAGGAGUCCGAGUCCCACGAACACGAGGAAAGCUCAAUGUCACAUGCAGACAAUGCGCUGCAACAGGAUAACUUCUGGGGAGACGACGAUGGGGAAGCAGGUUUCAUCACCCAAGGGGGCGAUUUGCAAGCGCCGGAGGACGAGGCUUCAGACGCUAGAUAUGCCGAGGGCCUGCCUCUCAUCAAUCACCAAGAAGCCGGAGAUACGGAACAGCCAGAAUCCAGUAACGCGCAAGACCCAUUUUCUCAGGAUGGGGAGGGAGAUGACUUUUUCGAUCAGGUUGCAGCGGGCGAAGUCAAGCCAGAGACUGUUGAGUUCUCACCCCGUCAGCUAGAAAGGAAGUCGACGAUGCAGGUGCUCGACGGCCUCGACACGACCGGCUCUAGAGGUGUCGGUGGUCUUGUCGAGGAUACACUGGAAGAGGAAGACGAAGAGCGGCUCGAACCUAUUUCUCAAGAAUCUACGAAUCCGACAGAGGAAGCGGUCCUAGUAGGAGCCCCCGAUUCUGGGGACCGAGAAAUCCAGGAACCCCGCGGCGAAGAUAUCGCUGCAAAGUGGUCCGAGGCCUUUGCAAGUGAUGACGACGACGGCUUCCUACUCGAGGACGAGCCUGUCACGGGCACUUCAGAGCAGAAAACAUUGGAUCCAUCCGCGUUCUUUCUCGAUGACGAUGAAGGGUUCCUCGAGGAUGAAGACACGCCAAUUCCGCAGCCUUCUCAGCCAUCUUCGAGCAUCAAUCAACCGGCCGCCACAGCAGCCUCAAAUGCUGGCAAUAGGUACCUGCCUACGAACACAACACAACCCAGCGCAGCUCAACCACCCAAUCCGUAUAUCCCGGGCGCUUCACCUGCACUGCCACAACCGCAGAUUCUUAACCCGGUCUCCCUGGCCCCUCCUGCUGCCGCAAAUCCUUAUGCUGUCCAGCCUCCACCCCUGCAACACUCAGCAACGGCGCCGUUUGGCGUACAAACUGUCAGGCCACCUGCGGUCAACAAGGCACAGAGCUUCGUCGAUAAAGCCAAGGGCGGUUAUCAUUCCCCUUACGACCUUCCGAUGGAAGUCGUCAAACCCAAGAAACGAGCCAGUCUACAACAGAUGCAUCGUGCGUCACCAGCGCCAGUAUCCAGACCCUCAGCCCCUCCAAGAAGCUCAAGCAUGUAUAGCCAGGGACCUCCUGCGCCAGAGAUUCUGCCGGUGCCUGCUCAGAGCUCCGUGCCCCCAGCUGCUGAUCAGGUGCAGAGUUACACGCCGAAUAUAUCACCGGAGUCAUCAGUUCAUCCAGGCCAGGCGCCAUUAGACACCAAACGUCCACAACAACUCAAACCCAAAGCCAGUUUCUUCGAAGACCUGCCUUCGUCUCAUAAACUUCAGUGGGCCUCCCCAAGCCUCGCAUCCCCCACCGUCGUCUACACUUGCAGUUCCUCAAGGAUUAUCGAUGCCUACCCAUCCAACCGCCCCAGAUAUCCCGAAAUUAUUACCACCCGCGCCAACAAAUCCGGCUCCGUGCCAAGCGGCCCAGCACCUCCUCCGAUGAAUCGGUACUCCCCUGCGCCCCCUGCCCAACGUCCUGCAGCAACACCACCUACCGUAUUGCCUCAUCUGCCCAGGACGUCCAGUCCAUUGGCAAACUUCGAAGUCAGCCAUGAUCGUCAGAGACCCGGGCCUGGCGAAGGUGGGCUUCAUUCAAGCCGCAAUAAUUCGGCCUCGCACGAACCCAGGCUAAAUAGGAUGUCAUCUUUACCUCCUACGCGCGAAGUCGAGGAAGAAGAUCCAUCUGCGCAACUAGCAGUUGGCGGGCCUCCCCGCAUGGUUGCUGCUCAGAGCGCCCCGACCCGUGAGCUUCAGCAGAGCCAAUUUGCACCAGACAGCCUGCAGAGAUCCCCAGCAAUGACUUCGACCUAUAACCCAGAUAUAAUGUCUGCGCCGAAGCGGAAGAUAUCGUACGGCCCGGCUCCUGUCACUGGAAUCGUACCUCCCCCAAGGUCCAACACCGGAUCACCUGGAGCCAUGUCUGGUUUGAGGUCUCCCAUUAAGGCUUCAGAAAUGGUCCCGCGGCCUUCCUCGGCAUAUGGUCCAUCUCCGCCGUCGAUAGCUAAUGUGAUGUCGCCCAACGGCGUGGCAGCAGGUCCCACGCCAGCCGUGUCCACACGACCUAGAGGCAUGUCGCAGAAAUUAAAUCUCAUCCCGCCUACAGACGGUCGUGAACAUGAUCCUCUACAGAGAUGGAGAGGCUGUCCCUUGAUAAGCUGGGGUAGCGGUGGAAUGGUUGUGACCUCUUUCCCAGUUGAUGUUCCGAGGUAUGGCGUCAAUCAACCUGCUCCAAUGAUCGUUCGCAGCCCUGGGGAGGUCACGAUCAAGACUAUCAAGGACAUCCAACCAUUGGAGGAACGUCUUGCCAAGUUUCCUGGGCCACUCAAGGGCAAGUCAAAGAAGAAAGAGAUUGUUGCUUGGCUCACGGCCGGUGUUCAAGAGCUCGAGCAGGGUCUGCCAACUUCAACGCUCCAACCUCAUUUAUCACACGAGGACAAGCGUGCUACUGAGCGUGUGCUGUUGUGGAAAAUAUUGAGAGCAUUCGUCGAAAAUGACGGCGUGCUCGAGGGUAAUCCAGUGGUGGAAAAGGCCGUUCGUGACAUCCUCUCCGACACGACAAUUGGACAAGACAAGCUCUCAUCUCCUAUCUACGCUACUGGUGCCAACUUCGGCAGCUUUUCCGGCGAAGCGUCUGCAACGCAAAUUCAGUCUGAUUCCGUGGACCCGGUUACCGUACAGGAGCUCAAAAAGUCUCUCAUGGCUGGUGAAAGGGAAAAGGCAGUCUGGGACGCUGCAGACAAACGCCUAUGGGGCCACGCUCUACUGAUUGCCAAUACCGUCUCUCCAGAGCUUUACCACAAAGUCUCACAGGAGUUCAUCAAGAAAGAGGUGAACUUUCCUGGGCGAAAUAACGAAUCACUCGCUGCACUCUAUGCCGUUUUGUCUGGCAAUCACGCGGAAUGUGUUGACGAGCUCGUGCCUACACACGCCCGGGCAGGGGUACAGUUGAUUGCAUCAACGUCACAUUCAACAAGUGCUGGCGUAGAAGGUCUUGAGAAGUGGCGCGAGACUUUGACCCUCAUUUUGAGCAACAGGAGUGUCGGCGAUGUCCAGGCUCUUAGCUCGCUUGGGAAUCUGCUUUCGGAGUAUGGUAGAGCAGAGGCGGCCCACAUAUGCUUCCUGUUCUCUAGGGCUGCGACCGUGUUCGGUGGGCUUGACGACCCUCAGGCCCAAUUUGUGCUCGUUGGUGCGGAUCACCGGAAACAGGCCCAACAAUUUUUCAAAGAGACCGAGGCACUUCUACUCAGUGAGGUGUAUGAAUAUGGGCUCAGCCUUUCUGGAGCACCGCAAUAUGCGGUUGGAGUUCCUCAUCUUGCGGUCUACAAACUACAGCACGCCAUGACUCUGGCUGAGUAUGGCUUCAGAGACAAGGCAAUGCAAUACUGCGACAUUAUCUCGAAGGAUAUGAGCGCUCAGACCAGAAGGUCCCCAUAUCACCAUGUCUUAUUGGAGGCGUCAGUUGAGGAUCUGCGACAGAGAAUUGUUCAAAGCCCUCACAAAGAGGUUUCGGGCUCUUGGAUCUCUAAGCCGAGCAUGAACAAAGUGUCUGACUCCAUGUGGAGCCGCUUCAACAAGUUCGUAGCCGGUGACGAGAAUGAGGCUCCUGGACAAGGCUCUCCCAAGCUUGGUGAGGAGUCUGGUCCUUUUGGCCGCAUCGCCGGUGGGACGCCGACCAUUAGUAGGCCGGCGUCUGCGUCCAAUGCUACGGGCAUGGAGAUGUUUGGAUCACCUAAUGGGUUUGCAGCUGGAGUUGCUCCGCUUGCGCCAUCGAUGUCUCCUCAAUUAACCAGGGCAUCGUCACGAUAUGCGCCUAGUUCAGGUCAGCCUGCUGCUGCCCCAUCUCCCUACGAACCCAGCUCGUCGUAUACACCAAUGGGACGCUCAUCUAUGGAGCGGACGUCUGGGGAGUAUAAUCGAGGUUCUUACGAGCCUCGACGACCGUCGUCUGAUGUUCAAGCAGGCCACGCAAACGCAUACACCCCUAACCACGCAUCCACACCAGCACAGCAUCUUCCUGAUCCGGGCCUCGGGAUUUCCAGCCAGUCUCCUUACCAGCCAGCUCGACCGGGUAUCAGCACGGCGUCUUCAGCCCCUUCGCUGUCACGCAAUUCCGUCCCAACGACUCCGGGCUUCUCACCUUAUCCAUCCUUUUCCCAAGAAUCGUCACCAUACGCGCCUUCAGCACCAGCAGUAAACAAUUUGUCACAGUACACCCCUGCUGCUCCUGCCGCUGAGCACACCGCGACUAGCAAUGAUGGCAUGCACGAGCCUUCAAUGGGAUAUCAGCCCCCAUCCUACGGUUACGAACCACCAUCCAUGAACUCAGUGGGACAAGAGCCAGCUGAGACUGAGCAUCAAGGAUCGAGUGGCGGCUAUGAACCUCCUUCAUACCAACCGCAGGGCUUCGAGCCUCCAUCGUAUCUACCACACCCAGAUACAGAUAAUGACAACAGGGAAGACGCAGAUGAGCCCAAGCCAAAGAAAAAGAGUUUCAUGGACGACGAUGAUGACGGCUUCCCCUCUAUGGCCUCGAUGACACCAGCUGAGAAGUCCAAGUCGGAGAAGGACAAGGAGAACGAGGAGAUGUUCCGCAAGGUCGCGGAAGAGGAAGCCAAACGAGCCGAAGCUGAGAAAGCGGCCAAGUCCAAGAAGGGAUGGGGUUUGACCUCAUGGUUUGGCGGCGGCGGCGCGAAGAAGGAAUCGCUGGAGAAUUCACCCAACAAACCGAUUCGUGCCAAGCUUGGAGAGAAGUCCAGCUUUGUUUAUGAUCCUGACCAGAAGCGCUGGGUUAACAAGGCCGCCGGCGCGGAAGAGAGCGCCCCGAAGUCUGCUACACCCCCGCCUCCCCGGGGGACUCCUCGACCGGCCGGUGCUGGAACACCCCCACCACCAGGCACCUCGAACUCUGCGCCGCCACUGAGACCCACGCCGCCAGUGAGCGCUGCUUCAUCACCGAACCUGUCUGGCCCAGCAUCGGCUUUGCCACCGUCUAUGGUGCGCACGGUCUCGAACGCGAGCAGUGUGGCUGGUGGACCGCCAUCUGCACCGCCCAGUAGGCCCGCCACAAGUAUGAGCAACGCCAGCAGUAUUGAUGAUCUCCUCGGGGCAGCAGUACCACGCAAGGGCGCUGGCGCCAAAGGCAAGAAGAAAGGUGGGCGUUACGUCGAUGUCAUGGCCAAGUAG